GUUCUUUAUGCUCUGCUGAGGCGCCUGAGCCUGAGCAGCUUAGUCCAUCCAAGGACCACAAGCUAGAAGAAGAUACACACUCACACACCUCCUCCCUUGAUCUCGAUCCUCUUAUCGACUUCUCCCUGGACAAUCAUUGACACACCAUGGACUUGUCUGUGGAAGUGGAGGCGGACUUAUACCCGGAUCCGUGGCCCCAUCUACCCGCCGAACUCCGUGAAUCCAUCCUCACUCAACCCGGUUUGACCUGGCAGGAUCUGGUCCAUCUCAGUCAGACCUGCCGCUCUCAACGACAAUGGAUGUUCCACCCUGCCCGACAGACCGGACUGCUCUGGCAAAUACACGCCGGCCGAGCCUACCCGCUCCUGCUUAACACCUCCAGCCCUUCCUCCGGGGAACCCAUCAAUUGGUUGGCCCGCUUGCAGAUCCGUCAUCGAUGUCAGAUUCGCACCCUCAACACGCUACAAUCCUUUUCCGGGCGUUUCUUCCACCGAUUGGAUUUGUCCAAUGACGAGAUUGACGAGGCGCUUCAAUCCUUGGAAGAUGACUUUGAUAUCCACGAUCUGGUGGAUGCUUUCGAGACGUUUCUGACCCGCCCGGAUCAGCGAUCCCACUUGACUAGUCAUUACUAUGCGCAAAAAGUGGUUCAAAGAAUCAAGCAUCGCCUGGACACACCGUAUUGGCAAGCCUUCCCCGAUCAACUCGAGAACCAGGAGGUGUGCCAUGAGGCUCAGAUUUACCUCCAAGCUGCCGUUCGGUUGUGCCAAUGGUUUCGAACCGAAACUCGCAUCACCUUCACGCCCAUCCAAAACAAAGUGGAUGGCAUCCGAAGUCGCGUGAUUGAGGUGCUGGAGCUCACCCAACCCGAUCACCCCGUUCUCGAGCGAUAUCGUCAGCACCAAACCCAGACCCAUCCGUAUGCCUUGUCCGACUUGAAGCGGCUCAUCUUGGUAGUUAAUCAGGUUCUUUUUGAAGAGGAGCAAUUCCAGGGCAAUGAUCAAGCUUACUACCAGCCGGAGAACUCGUUCUUGCACGAGCUCCUCGAGCGAAAAUUGGGCAUCCCCAUCAGCCUGUGCCUUUUGUACAUGAUCGUCGUGCUAGACUUGGGCGUCGAUGUGGCACCUCUCAAUUUCCCUCGACAUUUUCUCAUCCGGAUCCAACCAAGUGAAGGUGCCGAAGCCACGCUCUACCUUGACGCCUUCGCCAAAGGUCGACUUUUGGGGAUAUCCGACCUCCGACGCAUGACGACUUUUCCUCUGCAAUCGGAUAUGCUAUCACCAGUGGGGCCUUUGGAUUUGUUCAGACGGAUGACUCGCAAUCUAACUGCCUUUUAUACUGGAGCCAGUGAGAAUUCAGGAUCCUUGGAGUCGUACUCGGAUUUAAGGUCGUGUUUUGAGCUCAUGAUCCUGUUAGGGGGUGAGAAUGAAAUCCCGGAAUUUGCCCUGAUCAAGACAUAUCUACAAUUGAACAUCAACCAUCGACAAAUCCGACAAGAACUCGAUCGGUACCAGAGGAUUAUGGAACGAAAUGGACCCGGACCCAUGGGCGCUGUGAUUCAAACCAUGAAACGAAUUGUUCAGGGUCAGGAGGAAGCCAUUACGACGGACGCUACCAAAGUGGAGGUCAAGACGCGAUCGCUCCUUCGGGACGCAUCGGAUCAGUUCGGAUAUGGUCGUCUGUGUGUGGGGCUCAUUUGUCAGCAUAAAAUGUACGACUACAAAUGCGUUGUUUAUGGCUGGGAUCCCACUUGCGUGGCUAGUCGGAGUUGGAUUCUUCAAAUGGGCGUGAACAAAUUGCCUCAUGGUGCUGACCAGCCAUUUUGCAACGUACUCGUUGAAGACGGAUCCAUUCGUUAUGCAGCCGAGGACAAUUUAGAGCCUGUGCCUUCUGACAGCAUGAUAGCUCACCCACUGGCCGGCAAAUACUUCAGUUCCCACAACGGUCGGGUUUAUAUUCCCAAUCAAGAACUGCAAAAGGUCUACCCCGAGGACCUCGAUGUUCUGAACGCCUUUUUAUUUUCCCCAUUGCCAUAUGUUAAACAAUAAAGCGAAUAUACGCCUGUCCCGCC